AUGGCCAUAUAUACUGUUGCUGCGUUGCAGAUCGGCGCUGCCAAAGAAGGAUCCGCUAAAACGGUCGAGAAGAUUUUGAGCUAUGAGCAAGAGUUGAUUGACAAAAAAGUCAAACUUGUGGUGCUUCCUGAGGCAACAAUUGGUGGAUAUCCUAAGGGUAGCCAGUUUGGUACAUACUUGGGCUAUAGACUUCCAGAGGGCCGCAAGGAUUUUGUUGAGUACUAUAAUCAGUCAAUUUUAGUUCCAGGCCCCGAGAUUGCUCAGUUGGAAGGUUUGAGUCGCAGAACUGGCACUAUCAUCGCUGUUGGAGUCAUCGAGCGUGGAGGAAGCACCUUAUAUUGCACACUUGUCUACAUUGACCCAACCAAGGGAUAUGUUGGAAAGCAUAGAAAGUUGAUGCCUACCGCCACCGAGAGAUUGGUCUGGGGACAAGGUGACGGACUGACCCUCUACGUUGCAGAGUCCAAGGAAUUGGGAAACAUUGGAGGAGGUAUAUGCUGGGAGAACUACAUGCCAUUGUACCGUGCAUCCAUGUAUGCUAAGAAUGUCAGUGUGUACAUUGCUCCCACAGUGGAUGACAGAGAAAUCUGGGCCUCUUUGGUUAAAACAAUUGCUGUGGAGGGCCGUCUGUUCGCCAUUAGCGCUGUGCCCUAUUUGCCAUGGGAGGCUUCCACCAAGGAGCUUCCUGGAUACACAAGAGAACAGCCAAUCAACGGAGGCUCGUUAAUUGUCGAUCCCUACGGAGAAGUUUUGGCCGGUCCAUUCACUGGCGAAGAAGGUUUGCUCACUGCUGAAGUGGAUAUGGAUCUUAUCCAAGAGGCCAGAUACGACCUUGAUCCUGCUGGUCACUACACACGCCCAGACGUGUUCCAGUUGACUGUAGAUGAGAGACCUAAGGGUACUGUUUUCCAGCAGUAG